GGAGGACGCUUCCGGGCCUUUCUGACCCGGGAACGAAGCGCCGGGCGGGCGCAGGGUGUGCUGCCGGCCGCCCGGCCCCGAUUGCUUCUGCCGGAACCCCGCCCAGGACCUGAGGGUCAGGAAACUUCGAAAAGACCUGAGAUUGCGGGCGCUUGGCUCCUAAACAGCCCCGAGCCCCACGGCACAGGCCAGAGACGAGAGGCGGCCGCCCGGCUCCAAGAUGGCGCCCACAGCAGCUGCCAGAUGCCAAGAUGGCGGCGCGGGGCCGCGCCCGCGCUCCCGAACUCUCCUUCCCAAACCUUCCUCCGGUAAGGAGCGCGACUCGCGUCGCUGUGCGCCGGUUGUCUUUCGGCCUGGGUGGUGCGGCCGCUGCCCGCCGCGCACCAUGCGGCUCCUUGGCUGGUGGCAGGUACUGCUGUGGGUGCUGGGGCCUCCCGCCCGCGGCCAGGAGGUUGCAGAGAAAAGAGGUCACUUAUGGUCAGAGGAGCAGCCUGCUUACCCAUUCCAGGUGGAGGCUGGGUACAUGAAUGAGGAGGUGCCUUCCCGUGACCCAGUGGGCCAGGACCUGUCUGCAGAAGAGGCCGAGGCAGUGCUGGGGCUGGACGCUGAUGGUGAACACAUGGUAAUGUUAUCUGUGAUUCCUGGGGAAGCCGAGGACAAACUGAGCCCAGAGCCCAGCGGCGGCACCUGCAGGGCUGGAGGGGAGGAGGACUCGAGGUGCAACCCCCGGGAGAGCCUCUUCUCUCUGGACAGCGCUGGAGCCAGCUUCCCGGAGAGAGAAGAGGAGUACUACGCAGAGCCCGAAGUGGUGGAAUCUGACCCCCCACCGACAGAGGACGCCAACACCACCGAAAGUCUGAAAUCCCCGAAGGUGAACUGCGAGGAGAGAAAUGUGACAGGAUUAGAAAAUUUCACUCUGAAAAUUUUAAAUAUGUCACAGGACCUUAUGGAUUUUCUCAACCCAAACGGUAGUGACUGCACUCUAGUCCUGUUUUACACCCCUUGGUGCCGAUUUUCUGCCAGUUUGGCCCCUCAUUUUAACUCUCUGCCCCGGGCGUUUCCAGCUCUUCACUUUUUGGCACUGGAUGCAUCUCAGCACAGCAGCCUUUCUACGAGGUUUGGCACUGUAGCUGUUCCUAACAUCUUGUUAUUUCAAGGGGCUAAACCAAUGGCUAGAUUUAAUCAUACAGACCGAACAUUGGAAACGCUGAAGAUCUUCAUUUUUAACCAGACAGGUAUAGAAGCCAAGAAAAAUGUGGUGGUAACUCAAGCUGACCAAAUAGGUCCUCUUCCCAGCACUUUGAUAAAAAAUGUAGACUGGUUGCUUGUAUUUUCCUUAUUCUUUUUAAUUAGUUUUAUUAUGUAUGCUACCGUUCGAACUGAGAGUAUUCGAUGGCUAAUUCCAGGACAAGAGCAGGAACAUGCGGAGUAGUGAUAGACUCAAAGGAGAGUUGGAAAGAAGAAUUUCAAUCCUUCAUUUCAGAAAUUAAUGCUGCAAUUUCAUACAUUUUCUCCAGUGAAGCGCUGACUUACAACUUCAGUCAGAUUGAAAGAAUCAUGUGUUUGUUGAACUAUUGAAUGUGUAAAAAAAUUAUAAACUGGUGUUUCUAACUAGUAUUGUAAUAAGCAAAUGCAAAAAUAUUCCAUAACAUUCAGUAAAAAUUCUUGUUUUUACUACUUGAACAUUACCCAGUACUUAAGGGAGUAAUCCAGUUUGACAUGUGAAGAUGUAUUCUGGUGGAAUAGUGAGUAGAAUGACAGUAUGCUUACUAUAUAGAAGCAGAAAUAGGACUUUCAGAUUAUAGUUUUAGAAAACUCUUGAUUUCUUGUAUAUGUCUAAGAAAGUUGGUUUUCUAUUCAUUUGCCAUUUCUCUCCCAGAGUCAGUAAGCAGGAAAGUGUUCUUUUAUGGGAAGAAUAAUUAGGAUCAAUAAGUGUGCCCUUUCAAGUAGCAACCAAUGGGAAAAUAGAGUCAAAUACCUUGGUGUUCAUGAUCUCUGAUUUCACUGAAAGCAUUUGAAGUGGUUUAAGAAGUUGUUUCUGGGUAAGGCAGAUAUUAAUCAGCAUGUACUAAUUAAACCUUAAAAUGUUCUUGGAAUUGUGCUACGUUUAGUGAGAGUCAAAAGAAAUAUAAAGUACUGUUGUUGCCCACAAGUUGAUUCUAGUCUAGUUUAGGAUACAUGUAAAAAAGAGAUAACAUGUAGUUUACAUAAACUUUUUGAAAAGCUGUUUCUAAAAGAUCCCUUAAAUUCAGAUAUGACAGCUGACUACAUAAUGAUAAACUACUUUUAUACUGAUCAUUUCCAGAGCUUUAGAUAGAAUAGUUCAUAAGGCAUCCUAAAUUCUAUGAAAAUAGAACCUUAGAUGAGUCUCCUUCUCAGAGUGUAACAUUGGUUGAGAGUUUACAAUGUUAUGUGUCAUGCUGUGGACAGCUCUGGCUGGGGUAGUCACUGGCAGGAGGGGACCAUAGCUCAGAACAGUACCAUUAUUAUUUCCAUUUUACAAAUGAGCAAACAGGCAUAUUGAGGUUAAAUAACUUACCUAGGUUACAUACACAGUACAUUGAUGAAGCUGGGAUUUGAACCUUCACGUGUAUGUUUAUCUGUACGUAUAAGAAACCUCUAGUUAUUCCAUCUCUUAUAAUAAUAACCAACAUUUGAAUAUGA